AGCUCUUCACAGCACGGACACACUCUCUAACGACUGUUCAGCACAGCAACGGGAUUAUAAACUGCUCACACACAUCAAAGAAGGACCGAUCUGCUCUGAAUUACUGAUAUUGUGGAUAUUGCGAUAUUUUCUUCGCUUUUGGAAUUCAACUGGAAAAUAUCCUCAAAAUGCGUCUCAUCCAAAAUAUGUCCACCAUCGCGGAGUACCCAACUUCGGAGUGCCCGUCUAGUCGGGUUAUCAAAAUAGCAGUGAUUGGUGGAAGCGGCGUUGGAAAAACUGCGCUCGUUGUGAGGUUUCUAACAAGAAGAUUCAUCGGUGAUUAUGAGAGAAAUGCAGGUAACCUCUAUUCUCGGGAUAUCCAGAUCGACAAUGAGCAAGUGGCCAUUCAAGUUCAGGACACACCAGGCAUCCAUGUCACAGCAAAUGGUCCAGGUUGCACUGACCACGUGACUCGCUCCAUCCAGUGGGCGGACGCCGUUGUCCUGGUCUACUCCGUGACCGACCAGCGCAGCUUCGACCUCAUCGGGCCGCUCCACCAGCUGGUGGCCCGCGCCCAUCACGCCGACAGGGCCGGCGCGCCGCCGCCCGUCAUCCUGCUGGCCAACAAGGCGGACCUGCUGCACGUGAGGCGGGUGGACGCGCAGCAGGGCCCCCUGCUGGCCUCGGCGCUGGGCUGCAGCUUCUACGAGGUGUCGGCCAGCGAGGACUACAGCCAGGUGCACGGCGCCUUCCACCGGCUGUGCCGCGACAUGGCCAAGCAGGCCCCGGCCGCCACCACCGGCGCCCUCCCCGCCGCCACGUCCACCGCCGCCGCCUCCGAGAAGCGCCGCUCGCCCCUCAUCCCCCGGCCCAAGUCCCCCAACAUGCAGGACCUGAAGAGGCGCUUCAAGCAGGCCCUCUCGGCCAAGGUGCGCACCGUCACCUCCGUGUGAAGAGAGCGAGGCGGGACAAGACGAGAGAGACGAACGCUACAGGCGAUAAAGAAAGAUGAAGUGAGUGGCUUAAAAAGGCUGCCAUGACAUGAAAAGAAGGAGAGGAAAAGACGAGGUGAAGCCAUGAGAGAAGAGGAGAAGAAAAAAUGGGACACCUUUGGUCAGCCUCCUCCUCGUAGGGGGUUUUUCCGGAAAACCUCGGGGUGCCUCGAUUGCAGCGAGCCCUUUGCCUUACCGUGGAGACGGCACGGCGACUGCUGGACUCUCAAGUGGUCGCGCGAGAGGCGCAGAGCCAGCCGAAGACGCGGAGACGUGUGACCUCUGACCUUCACUUGUGCUGGCCGACUGCUGUGUUCCAAUGGCAGACUAGACUUUCAAUUCUGUGCCUACACCGCAGAAUCAUGGGACUUGUAGUCUCCAAAAAAGCCUUAGUACAAAAGGGCUGAAGAAGGCUGUCUGAGACUGAGUCAAAGCUGCCACACACACACACACACACACACACACACAGAGACACACACACUGUGCAUCAGCUAUGAACACUCAAAUAUCUUCUCCUGGCAACAGCGACUCUCAAGGAUACGGCAGAGGGUAUUUUUAGUUGUCUUUCAGUGGCACAAAUGCCACUUUCUUUUUUUUGUGCCUCUCUUAAUGCCAGCCUCUGCUCGUGUCCCUGAGAAAGAAAAUCCAAUUGAUGAGCUGUUGGAGAAGCAAGGCACUUUUUUGUAAAGCUCCACUAUGUGUGUGUGUUAGUGUCACUCACUCACUCACACUGUUUGAUGGUCACAGCAAAUCAUUUAUAUUUGGUACAAUCAUGUGUGAUACACCGCCUCCAGUUUGUGGGAUGAAACGUUACAGACUUUGAUGGGACAUAUGAAUAUUGGGGGAUUUUGCUGGGUGGGUAAGGGACAUUAUCUCUUUCUGAAGCACUUUAUAAAAACAAAGAAGAAUUAUAAACAACAAAGCCAAUGAGCUGAAUAUUGAUUUUUAUUUAUUUGUUCACAAUUCUUUUGUGGCUCAAAAUAAAACAUUUGAAAUGAA